UUCCAUUUCUUCCGCCGAUACUAAUACAAACAAGCUCAUGUUCAAAGCCAAGGAUCGAGUUUAAAAUAGCGUGCACCCACCGUUUUCCUAGGCCAGCAAGUUAAGUUAGGUGUAUAGACCUCUGUUCAGGUUAGCCUAAUAAAGUAAUCACAAGAGGAAAAAAAAGUCGAAACAGAAAUAUAGGUAAAAAAAAACAUGGCGGAUAAGGUUGUACUGUACAGCUAUUUUCGGAGCUCUGCUUCAUGGAGAGUUAGAAUUGCUCUAGCUCUCAAAGAAAUAAAGUAUGAAUAUAAAGCAGUUCAUCUUGUCAAAGAUGGAGGACAACAGUACAAAGAGGAAUACAAAAAGCUUAACCCGAUGGAACAAGUACCAACACUUGUUAUUGAUGGACACACAUUGAGCCAAUCUCUGCCAAUUAUAGAAUACUUGAAUGAGAGAACUCCAGACCCACCACUGCUCCCUAAGGAUUUGUAUGGCAGAGCAAAGGUUAGAGCUUUAUCUGAACUUGUAAACAGUGGCAUCCAGCCCCUUCAGAAUCUCUCGGUGCUGGAAAAAAUUGGUGACGGCAAAGAGGAAUGGGCUAAAUUCUUUAUUGAAAAAGGACUAAAAGCUCUUGAGUCAUUCUUGCAAGAGACUGCUGGUAAAUACUGCUAUGGCGAUUCUGUUACCAUGGCAGAUCUUUUUCUAGUUCCCCAGAUCUAUAAUGCCAAAAGGUUUAAAAUAGACAUGGCCCAGUUCCCAAUAAUUAGCCGGGUACAUGAUGCACUUGUUGAGCUACCUGCCUUCAAGGCUGCUGAUGCAUCAAGACAGCCUGACACCCCUGAGGAGAUGAGGGCCCCUUAGUUUAAAAAUUUAAAUCUACAAGCUUAGAUUACAUUUUUGUAUUGUUUUUGUUAAUUAGUGUCAUACUUAGAAAUAAUGCAUUUCCUUCUUAAGCAUUUUUUGUAUUUGUAAUGAAACCUUAACAAGAAAAUUGUUAAUUAGCAUCAUACUUAAAGUUAUACAGUUUGUUAUUUUUUAAAUUUGUGGUGUAAGUGCAACCUUAACUAAUAGUUGUUUUUGUUUUCUUUAAUAAAAAAAGUUUCUGUUGUGUUUUUAUUAAUAAAAAUGAUAUUUUAAUGUAAUAAUUGGUUGCUUGAUAAUUCUUCACUCAUCACAUUGAUGAUCUAUUCAGAAUAGUUUUUGUUUAUACUACUAAACAUGUCAAUUGAAAUAGAAUCUUGUUUGAAGUGUUUGUUAAAAAUGUAUAAACAUUCCAGCUUUUUUAAUAUCAGUUUUAUUCAGAAAACAAGAAAUCAGAAUUAGAAUCUCUGUUUAAAAAUAUUACAUAGAGUUUAACUUUACCUUUUUUUUUUUUUAAAAAGGCAGUUCAUUUACUUAGACAGUAUUCAAUUUCUAAAAAAUAUUUUUUAGUUUAGAUUAGUUUUAUAAUAAAAUUGCAAUAGUGAUGUCUAUUUAAUGGUUUGGGAACAAAGACUACCAAAGUUUCUAUUUUUAAAAUCAAGUUAAGUUAGGUAAAUUAUAUGAAUCUCAAGUGAUUAAAUGUAUUUUUUCCUGUGUAACACAGUUACCUCCCCUGGAUUGUGGUUCUUGUUUCCUAACAAAAAUACAACUUUUAACACUAUAACUUAGUAAAAGCCAAUAUAUUGAUACACUGUUUAUUCUUUAAAAUGUACUGUAACAAGUAUUAAAAAUAAAUGUGUUACAAAAUUUAUAUCUUUGAAAAAAAAUGAAUUGUUGCUUCAGAGAGGUUUCUUCUUUAUCAUACUUUAAAAACUUUUUGGAAUUUACAUAAAAUUAACCAUGUUAUGUUGAUUUUGUAUCUAAAAUGCAUUUAAAUGAAAUCUUAUGUGGCCUUGAAUAUGUUUUUUGUCAAAUUUUAGUGUUAUUUUUGUAUGCCAUUUAUUUCAUCCAUUUUAUAGAUGAUAGUCUGAUUAAAUUAAUUUUCAACAACUGUUAGUGUUAUUCUACUGCAGCAUUUACUAGUAAUAAAAUUAUCCGGUGUGAA